AUGACAGGACCGAACGAGAUAGACCACCGCAGAAAGCUGCUAGAAGCUGUGGCAGACCCUUCCGCCGAGGCUCUCUGGCGAAUGUAUUCUAAGGCCAAAGCUUCACUUCCGUACCGGGAACGCAUGACAAACCUGACCUGGCGGAUGAUGGGCAUGAAAAUGCGAAAAUUCACCCUAUCUCGACACUCUCACGAUGCUGAAGAGUUCGACUAUAUAAGCCAGCUGCGGCAGCUAAACGGGAACGGCGGCGACACUGAUAAUGGAGGCGAAAAUACAGCCCUCGGCGUAGGACAUGAAGUAAGUUCGAGCAAUCCCGCAAGCGCUGCCACGGCCGCCAUUAUAGGCGUAAAUCCCAUGGAACUUAGAGCGCAGAACCCGCACACUGCCUCUGAAUCGUCAGGCUCACGCAUCGGCGACUCCGCCGCUAUGCCCGCUGGAUUCGAUCUUCACGACGAGGGCACAUUCGGAUCAUUUUCCAACCUCGACCAAAACGUUGGGUUCAUGGCUGACAUGGAUGUUAACCAAUUUAGCCUGCUUGGCCAUGACGGAGGAUCUGCCAGCAACAGUCAGGACGAGGAAGAUAUCGUACUGAACGAAGCCACCUAUUCGUCCCCCGCCCUGAUUAGUGAUAGCGGGGUGUCGUCCUCAGGGAACGCUCCUUAUAACCAACUGUCAUCUUCUGCUUCAACCAUUUUCAAUGCGAUAGAACAACAGUCUGCGAAUUCCACAGCUGCUAGCAGUGCUACUAUUAGUGGGCUUAACGCGAACAUGCUUGGAGGGCAAAGCUUUUUCGAUGAUGCUGAGUUCUUGCAAUCAGUGGGUAGCCAAGCGCUGGCACAGAGCCACCACACAGAGCCCACAAUGGCCCCACUCCAUGCCACGACAUCGGAAGUUUCGUUGAUCGACCUACAUGAGAGAUCCAAUAACGGAACUUCUCAGCCUAUCUCAAUCAGGAGACCCAACACCGCUUGGCAUGGUAUGUCGAGUGGGUUUGGAUCCCUACCCACUUCACUGAAUGCAGCACCAGCUGGCAGCAACACAUUGUCUUCUUCUCAAAACUCCCGCAGGUCGGCAGCUGCCAAUUCUGUAAGAAAGAAACAAAUAAAGAGCUCCAAUUCAAGAAGAAGCAGUUUAUCUGUAGCAUCAAUAAACAACCAAGAUACAAUGAAUGAUGCUGUGGGUGUACCCAAUACUGGCACAUCUUCUACAGCAUCCUCAUCAGCCAAUAAAGGUGACACUAAAUGCACCAAUUGCCACACGAAGACCACCCCAUUAUGGAGAAGAGAUCCGCAAGGCAAUCCAUUGUGUAAUGCAUGUGGAUUGUUUUUGAAAUUGCAUGGCGUUGUAAGACCACUCUCCUUAAAAACGGACGUGAUCAAGAAAAGGCAACGUUCCUCAAACAAGCCGACAUUGACAAAUCCUCCUACUUCUGGCUCAUCUUCCGGUAAUUCACCUGGAAAAGAUAGCACGGCAAAUUCUAAGGUCAGGAGACAAACUUCCAAGAAGAAAGGUUCAAUCACCAAUACUAUCUCGGAAUCAAGGCCCAUUAUACAUCGAUCUCAAUCAUCACUAGCUAGAAGGACGAGCAAAAUUGGAACCCCAAACUUACGUGAUUCCGAAAGUUCGAAUAAUAACAGUGGGUCAGGUACCCCAAAUCCACCACAAAAAUUUUCAAUUGAACAACCUAAUCCUCAACUAGCACAUAUGGUGAACUCGUCAGAAAUGGACGUGGAUCAAGUACCGCCUUCAGAAUCUUCGCAUAACAGUUUUGAUGUCUUUUUACAGGGAUGGCCCCAGCAACAACAACAACAACAGCAACAACAGCAACAACAACAACAGCAACAGCAACAACAGCAACAACAGUCCCUAACCCAAUCACAGCAUCCCUCGCACCAGCAAUCCCAUAGUCAGGCACAUAAUGAUCAGAGACAGCCGGACAAUCAAUCGUUCAAUUUCGAUCAUCCUAAUAGCCGCCAGUCCGCCACUUCUAACAAUGGAACCGUCAAACAGGAAGGACGAGCCUCUAAUAAUGCAGGCGAGAAUACUAACUGGGAAUGGUUAACGUUGAGUUUGUAA